AGAAUUCCACUACCAUUACGAACUUGUCGACCCCGCCACCAUGUCGGUCAAAAAAAUGGAGGACAAAGCUAAUGAAUGACCUAUUCUUGCACCUGAAAAGUCCGCAAGCCAAAUAACCUAGAGAAAUUUGCAGUCCUAAUUCAACAUGUGGCUGGCUAGUUUCAUAGCGGUUGCCUUGUUCAUUUAUACGGCGGAAGGCUCUUGAUAUGGAAGCUGUCCGGGAAAUUGCUCUCCUCGGUGUUACCCUAGGUGUAACCCAAUGUGUUGCUACACAGCUCAACGAUCGUCCAUAUAUCAACAACAGCAGCUGCUACAAGAAGAGCAACAACAGCGGCAGCAACAGCUGCGGUAUUACUAUCAACAGCCUGCUCAGUCAGCACCCUCCACUGCCCCAUAUUUUCAAUAUCCCGCUGCUCCUCCUUCUCCGGCAGCAUUUGCGCCGGCUGCCACCCCCUCUCCUGCUGCUGUUCCCAUUCCCGCUCCUUCCCCAUCUCCCCCUCCCCCACCUCCACCGCCACCACCGCCUCCACCUCCCUGUCCAGCGGACUGCCCAAAGGAGUGCUACCCCCAGUGCUCCUCAUCAUGCUGCCAACCCAAGCCUCCUCCGAUGCCUUUGUUCAUGAAGAGAAAACAGAAGGUGGCAGUAGCCUGCGAGGGACAUAAACUGAAGAUUAGAUGCCCAAACAAGUAUGAUCGCAUCGCCCUAUACAGUACAUUUUACGGCAGAGAUGACAACAAUACAUGUCAACAUAAAGUGCUCCCUUCUAAAGGACACUGUGUGAAGGACGAACAUAGAAUCAAUGAGAAGUUAUUUGACUUGUGUCAAGGAGAAAGCAAAUGUUCAGUGGCAGCCACUAGUUCUUUCCUGGGAAAGAAAAACUCUAUAAUGUGCCCUGAAGUCUAUAAGUAUGCCAGAGUUGUCUACCGAUGUAUACAGCACCCAAAGAUUGUGCCGGUGUGUUCUCUUCCAUGCCACAAACCAUACAAGUGCUUUCCCAGAUGUGACAUCAGCUGCUGCACUCCCCCACCGCCUCCUCCUCCUUCUCCGCCUCCCCCUCCACAGCUUCCUCCAACAUGCCCCGGAACAUGCCCAGCAAGGUGCUUCCCUGCAUGUUCUCAGACUUGCUGCAGUCCACCUCCUCCCCCAGCCCCCUCUCCUGUAUACUAUCCCAUGCCUGCUCCAGCACUUCCCCCUGCCCAUGCCACUGCCUGCCCUGGAUCAUGCCCGAGUACCUGUGCUCCAGUCUGUUCAGUCAAGUGUUGUAUCGGCCGCAACGCCGCAUUGAACAGUAUAAGGCCACUCUCCUACUCGCAAACACGUAUGCCACCCGCCACCUACAGAUAUCGCAAUUAUUAUCCAGCCUCUCAGUCAAAUAACUAUUACACAGAGUACAAGCAAUACGCUCAAGCGAGAUCUCAAUACCCGAACCCUUAUCAGAGAUAUCAGGCGUACAGAACAUCGUAUGGAAACUGGAAGAACAUAGAUGCCUAUAGAGGAUGAUUGACUCGCAAGUGACAAAAUACAUCGGAAGCGAGGGUUUUUCAAUUUCACAGAUGUACCUGCAAAAUAUUAUUUUUUAAAGAACAGAUUCCCUUUGGAUGUCAAUCGCAUAAAAUUGCCACAACUCAGAAGCUGUGCCAAGUGUUUCCAUGAACGUUACCAAAAAUCCAACUGGGAUUCAAACGUAUUUUGUAAUCAAUAUGUCUCAGUUCCUGUGGCAGUAUUCAUAAGUUUACCAGAGCCAAGCGUUAAAAUUUGGUUUACAGACAGACUCCAAAUAAUGAAAAAGAAAACGAAAACUGAGAAAGGAAAACAAGUAAAUUCCAGCAUUACAAAACCGAACCAUUGUUCGUCGUUUAUAUUAAUGAUUUACCAUGAAAAAUGAUAAUUUCCCUUUGUUUUAUUCGUAAUGUUACAAGGUUUUUCGAUUCUUGGCUUUAGUCUCUUAUUUUAGAGAGCCUUACUUUCAAAAGCAUACCAAUAUGCGUCCAACAUGGAUCUACUAAAGGGGAAGGAGGUCUUACUUUUUUCAAAUGGGUUUCUAUUAUAUCGAUCAAAGUGUAAAUAAUAUAUAACUUACAAAGGAUGCUCUCUCUCUUUCGUGGUCGAAAAAUUUUAUGUCAAUAAAAGUAAUACAUGUAAAAGCUAAA